GAUCCGUUUGCAGCUGAUUCACCAAGUUAUUUGGUAGCAAUUAUCACCGUUGUACACGAUAGGGAAUUACAAAAGGCCCGCGUUAUCACCGCUGUUGGUCAGCCAUUAUCUGUUGCUGCUACUUCAGUUUUUCGACAGUCCCAGUACCCGACGCAUUGCUGUCACGAAGGCAGAAAAAAGACACAUUUGUUAUAGUUGCAAUUCCCCAUCAUCAGCGCCAUACAUCGGCAAACGUUACGAUGAAGAGUUGUUUGGCGCUGGCUUUUAUCUGCUGCUGCGCCUUUCCGAUUGUGAUCGCAACCCGGUUUGUUUGCUACUUUCCAAAUUGGACGUUUUAUCGACAAGGCGCAGGCAAUUUUAAAGUGUCAAAUAUCGACCCAUCUUUGUGUACCGAUUUGGUCUAUUCUUUUGCUGUGCUCGAUGGCAACACCUACAAGAUCAAAAUCUUUGAUCCAUGGGUCGACAUUGACAAUAAAGGCUACGCCGAUUUUGUGGCACUGAAAACCCGCAAUCCACAGUUGAAGACAACGAUUGCCAUCGGAGGAUGGACCGACUCUCACGACGGCACAUCCAAAUAUUCGCAAUUGGUGGCCAAUUCGACCCAUCGAGCGAUUUUCAUCCAGUCCGUCAUGGAAUUUCUCGAAAAAUAUAAAUUUGAUGGACUCGAUCUCGACUGGGAAUAUCCUAGUGGUGAAUCAGACAAAGCUGGAUUCGCAGAGUUAAUGAGAGAACUUCGAAAUGCUUUUGGGUCCCGAUAUUUGCUAACGGUCGCUGUAGCAGCAAACUCGACAAUCAUCGAUGAAGGUUAUGAUGUACAAGCAAUGGUAGAGACGGCAGACUACAUCAAUUUAAUGGCUUACGACAUGCAUGGCGCGUGGGAGCCUCAAACAGAUCACCACGCCCCACUUUACAAACGAGACUGGGAGACAGUCGACAAUAACAUUGAUUAUAUUGUCAAUUAUUGGAUGGGAAAAGGCCUUCCUGCAGACAUGAUCAACUUGGGCAUUCCACUUUAUGGCAAGAGCUGGACACUUGGUGAAAGUGUCGAACCAGAAUUCCAGGCACUAGGUGCAGGCGAAGGGGCGGCCGGCCCGUUCACGGGCCUUGCUGGAACUUUAGGAUACAACGAAAUUUGUAAAUACAUCAAAACAGACGGAUGGCAGUCUGUUGAUGAUCCUGAUCAAUUGAACGGUCCAUAUGCUGUCUCUACAAGCAAUCCCAAAACCUGGGUUAGUUAUGAUGACAUUAAAAUGGCAAGUGUCAAGAGCCAAUACGUCCUGACUAAUCAAUUGGGAGGGGCUAUGGUGUGGGAUAUUAGCACAGACGACUUCCACGACAGGUGUGGAGAUGGAGCCAAUCCUCUCAUGACUACAAUUUCCGAAACUGUCGUUCGCAAUGGCUCCCGUUUUAUUUGCUAUUUUCCUAAUUGGGGCUAUUAUCGUUCAGGUGAUGGCAAAUACGUGGUGGACAACAUUAACGCCAGUCUUUGCACUGAUUUGGUUUAUGCCUUCGCGAUCCUGAAUGGAACAACUUACAAGAUUACAGAAUACGAUCCUACUGUUGAUUUAGGAACACAACAAUUUUAUGCGAAAUUUAUCGACCUCAAGAAGCAAAACCCUGGCCUGAAGACAACAAUUGCCAUUGGAGGUUGGACUGAUUCUCACGAUGGGACCAACAAGUAUUCCAAAAUGGUGGCUGAUCCUACCAAUCGAGCCACUUUUGUUACAUCAGUUAUGGAAUUCCUUCAAAAGUAUAAAUUUGAUGGCUUGGAUAUCGAUUGGGAAUAUCCAAGCGGCCUGUCAGACAAAGAAGGACUGGCCAAUUUGAUGAAGGAACUUCGGGCCGCCUUUGGACUGCAAUAUUUGCUAACCGUCGCUGUGGCUGCCAAUCAAACUAUUAUUGAUCUAGGGUAUGAUGUGCCAGUCAUGGCAGAGACAGCUGAUUACAUCAACGUCAUGGCCUAUGAUAUGCACGGACCGUGGGAACUUUUAACCGACCAUCACGCUCCACUGUACGAAAGGGAUUGGGACACUGAUCCAACCAAUAAUGUGGACUCGGUCAUCAACUAUUGGAUAGCUGAAGGUUUGCCGCCAUCCAAAAUCAUGAUGGGUAUUCCUCUUUAUGGCAAAAGCUGGACGCUGAACUACACUUACACCGAAGAUCCAACACUGCCAGCACCGGGUUUGGGACCAGGGGCUCCUGGACCUUUGACCCAAGACACUACUGGCUAUCUAGGCUAUUACGAAAUUUGUAAUUCUGUCAAAAAUGAAGGCUGGGAGGUAGUUGUUGAUUCGGAAUUCAAAAUCGGCCCAUACGCGUCAUCGCCCAACGUACCCAAAACUUGGGUCGGAUACGAUGAUCCGACCAUGGCCAAUGUCAAGAGUCGCUACGUAUUGAACAAAGGACUGGGUGGAGCCAUGGUUUGGGAUAUCAGCACAGAUGAUUUCAGAAAUACUUGUGGUGAAGGACCCAAUCCUAUUAUGACAAACAUUUCGCGUACGGUUGGAGUGGACGUAUCAUCUACGACGACCUCCAAGCCCAUUGUGACAUCGACGACAACUGCCACAUCUACUAGCGUAUUGACAUCGACUACGACGGCCACAUCGACGAGUAGCAGUGGUGAGACAUCGACGAGUGGCAAUGGUGAGACAUCUCCUGAAACAGGACCUACGUCGACCAUAAAACUUACGACUUGGCCAAGAACGACAACGCCAUGGACAACAAGGACGACCAUGUUCGUCACACCGUUCAGUCCUAGCAGUGGGGAUCGAAUAACUAGCCAUGGAAACCUACUACUGUUGAUUUUUGUCAUUCUAUUAAUGCGUGUAUUAAAUCGAUUGUAGCAAACGUGAGCAUUUUAAUAUUUUAG